AAAACCAAAACCAUUAAACCAACUAAUAUUAGUUACCAAUUAAGAACACUACUUGGGUUAUGGCAGCGGGCGUGGAGGGCUCGCCGGGGAGUUCCAUGCAUGGAGUCACCGGAAAAGAGCAGACCUUCGCGUUCUCUGUCGCCACCGACCCUACCGUAACGAGCGAUGACCUCGCGAAAUUCGCCCUUCCCGUUGAUUCCGAGCACAAAGCGAAGGAGUUCCGAGUUUUCUCCCUCGCGAACCCACACAUGAGGACCUUCCACCUCUCGUGGGUCUCCUUCUUCACGUGCUUCGUGUCCACGUUCGCGGCUGCCCCUCUAGUCCCGGUCAUCCGGGAUAACCUCAACCUCACCAAGGGCGAUAUAGGAAACGCUGGGAUUGCUUCUGUCUCCGGCAGCAUAUUCUCGAGGCUCGCAAUGGGUGCUGUCUGUGACCUCCUAGGGCCGCGCUAUGGAUGCGCUUUCCUCCUGAUGUUGUCCGCUCCGACUGUGUUCUGUAUGGCGUUUGUGUCCUCUCCAGGAGGCUACGUAGCCGUCAGGUUUAUGAUCGGAUUCUCACUGGCAACAUUCGUCUCCUGCCAAUAUUGGAUGAGCACGAUGUUCAAUGGGAAGAUCAUUGGGCUCGUAAAUGGCACGGCAGCAGGGUGGGGCAACAUGGGUGGCGGGGUCACCCAGCUGCUCAUGCCGGUGCUCUAUGAGAUCAUUCGCAGAGCAGGGGUGACCCCAUUCACAGCAUGGCGAAUCGCUUUCUUCAUUCCCGGUUGGUUACAUGUAAUCGUCGGGAUUCUCGUUUUGACCUUAGGGCAAGAUUUGCCCGAUGGCAACCUCGGUGCCCUUCGCAAGAAAGGAGAUGUUCCCAAAGACAAGUUCACGAAGGUGGUGUGGUAUGCUAUCACAAGCUACAGAACGUGGAUUUUCUUUCUAUUUUACGGCAUGUCACUUGGUGUAGAGUUAACCACCGAUAAUGUGAUCGCGGAAUAUUUCUUCGACAGAUUUAAUCUCAACUUGCACACGGCCGGCACCAUAGCAGCAACCUUUGGAAUGGCCAACAUCAUUGCAAGACCCGCUGGCGGGCUACUAUCGGAUUUAGCAGCCCGACAUUAUGGCAUGCGAGGCCGUCUGUGGAACCUUUGGAUCCUCCAAACCCUAGGAGGCGUCUUCUGCAUCUGCCUCGGGCGGGCAAACUCUCUCUCGCUCUCCGUCCUUUCUAUGAUCCUCUUCUCCAUCGGCGGUCAGGCGGCAUGUGGAGCCACAUUCGGGAACCCAUUCAUUUCAAGGAGGUCCCUGGGGGUCAUCUCAGGGUUAACCGGUGCAGGCGGCAACUUCGGGUCAGGGCUAACCCAGCUGCUCUUCUUCACGAGUUCUAGCCACUCGACCGCGACAGGGAUUACCCUGAUGGGGAUCAUGAUAGUAGCGUGCACUCUCCCAGUGACGCUUGUGCAUUUCCCGCAGUGGGGAAGCAUGUUACUCCCACCGACAAAGAGCGGAUCAAAGUGCAGCGAGGAGUACUACUAUGGGUCGGAGUGGAAUGAGGAGGAGAAGCGCAAGGGCCUGCACCAAGGAAGCCUCAAGUUUGCAGAAAACAGCAAGUCCGAGCGGGGCAAGAGGGUGCUCUCCGUUCCGGACUCUCCUGCUUCCAUCCCAGCAUGAGGGCAGGCGCACCAAAGCGCUCCACACUACAAUUUACCAAUGUAAUCGGAUCAUGUAAUUGCUUGAUAUAUCGGCACCGGAUGCCACCUCACACAUACAAUGUAACAGUCUAAUUGCACUUCUCCUGUCCAUAAGUCACGUGAGAGCGUUAAUAUAUCAUGAUGGCAUGAAGUCUGAUUGAGGCCUUGUAUAGCGGGCUUAUUGGGCCAGAGAUGGGCCGGUGAUGGACCGAUAAAUUAAGCUGGGCCGAGCGAGAGAGAAAAAAAUCUUACAGGACAAUUCUGGGUCCCCCACUGUUGUCCAAUUAGAACUUGGAAGUAUACUUCUUGCCUCCCUACAGUACGUGAGGUCGAUUUGGUUGGGUUUGAAUAGUCUCCUUCACUUUUAGACGCAUCAGGUAAAGUGAAGUGAU